CUUGGUGUGAAAGGGACAGGAAGCAUAGCCUGCAAAAGGAUCUAUAUGCCAGUCUGCGGAACAGAUGACAUCACCUAUCCCAGCGAAUGUGAUCUGUGUCGCCAAAACAAGGAGUUCAGCAGGCAAGUGGGUAAGAAGCAUAAUGGCCAAUGUGCAAUGGUAGAUUGCAGUAAGUACCUUGGUGUGAAAGGGACAGGAAGCAUAGCCUGCAAAAGGAUCUAUAUGCCAGUCUGCGGAACAGAUGACAUCACCUAUCCCAGCGAAUGUGAUCUGUGUCGCCAAAACAAGGAGUUCGGCAAGCAUGUGGGUAAGAAGCAUGAUGGAAAAUGUGCAGAGGUCGAUUGCAGCCAGUUCUCCCUAGAAACACCAAUGUGCCCCUUGAACUUGGAUCCUCACUGUGGUUCUGAUGGCAAGACCUAUGGCAACAAGUGUGAAUUCUGCAUGAGUUUCCUGACAAGUGAAUCUGAGAAGCAUCUACAACUUGAAAGAGAGCUAACAGGCGGGACCACACCCACCAGGACAAUAAUGAAGCAAGGAAGUUGUCUCCUUCUCACUCUGAUGCUGUUCUUUUUGUGUUCAGGUGUUGCCACUGAACCAAUAAAGGAAUGGGAGUAUUGUCGUGGGUAUCCGAAACCAGCAUGCACCAAGGAGUUGAGGCCACACUGUGGCUCUGAUGGCAACACCUAUGCCAACCAGUGCUAUUUCUGUAAUGCAUACAUAUUGACAGAUUCACCCAUCCCUACUCGUCAAUAUAUAUUUCCAUUUAAUGAACAAUGACAAAGCUGCCAUCUUCCAUAUUCUCACAG